UACCAAUUUUUAUUUACCUGUUACUCCUUGUUACCCGAUAUAUUGCGCUUUUCGGUUUAAAUGUAUUAUUAUGUAAAGAGGGGUAUUAAUCUCACACAAAACAAUUUUGUAAAACAAAACUACAAAAGGCACGCUCCUUUAGCUGGCACAUUGACGUUGAAUUGAUUACUUUACGCUCGAGCGAUCAUAUCGAGAGCAGCGACCUACUUUUGAUAUAUUUUCUGCGCGCUAGUGAAACGUCAUUUGCAACUAAACACAAGUUGUGCUUGUGGAUUUUUUUAAGAAGCGAGAUAAUAUGUAGUGUUAACUUCUGAUUGGCAUAGCCCUUCAGUGUUUGCAGACUUCUACUGUUAUCGUUUGUCAGCAGGACAAUUAGAUGAUUGAAGCGAUUCAUCAAUUGAGGGAGGGGAGGUGUUAUAUUGUCAUGGUUUCCUUGUGCUUGCGUAGGCAAGGAUCUUUCUUGCAUCCAUGCCUAGCACGCCUCGAAAGGCCACCAAAUCGUCUUGUUAUUAUUUUAAAACGAUUAUCGCUGUAAAAAAGGCCAAAGUUGACAUAAAAACCACCACACGCACUUAGGUUUCCAAUCAAAACAUCCCCACAGGUGCCAAGAUAGAGUUCACACAUUCACGUUCUCAGCCAAUCACAGCAGCGGAUUGACUGACUCUGUGUAGCAGCUCUGUUCAGUUCCGCUCUUGACCGUGUGCCAUCUGCUAACACGGUGCUCUCUUACGCGCUGGUUUUACCCCGGCUAAACACUCAACAUCUUGUGGUCACAGACCUUGGGUAGGAUUUUCAAGAUAUUUUCCACCACAGGAAACCUAGAACCGGCAAACCUCCAUUUUAUGGCGUUUGAAGUCCAGAUCAACCAAAACUCAGGGUUUUGGCAAGAUCUUGGGUGCCCUGGGCCAAAGUCAACGGUACUUUGAGUUUUUUACGAAGUCUUGGCAAACACACUUGAAUCGUGGUAAAAAAGUAAGGACAUAACAAAAAGACUUUUGAAUCUAGAGCCCUCGUGUGAAAUUUGGAGAUCCGGGUUCUGCUUGUUGGACAUGAAAACAUCGGGUUACAAGUUCGAAAUUGAUAGUUCUCCGGUCAAGGAUUGCAUGCUGGAUCAAAACAUGAAUUCAAGUGCUGAGGACAAGAAAAACAACGAAACCUGUAACAAACCGCGCCGGCGAUCGCUAAAAGCGGAAAACGGCGAUAUGUCAAAGGGAGAUAACAAUGAGAAUAACCAGAUCUACACCUCGGAGGACGAUAUAUCCUACCAACCAGGAGAUUGCGUUUACAUCGACAGUCAGCGGCCUGAUGUUCCUUAUUUUAUCUGCUCUAUCAAAGAGUUUCGUACGAGCCGACGUGAGAACAUGACUGUGACAGUGAGAUGGUAUUACCGACCCUCGGAGGUCCCAGAGUCUGUGUACCAGCUUCUUGUGCAAGAUCGAAACCAUGAACAUGGUUCUAAGGAUCAUAUUCUUGAAGACAACCUUGUUAAAGAAAGAGAACUGUUUAUUUCUGAUGCCACCGAUGUUUAUCCUGUUUCUGCCCUGAGGGGCAAAUGUGUUGUUCGCCCAUUCACGGAUAUGGCAGAGGAUUUGAAGCAGUAUAUAACCAAGGAAGAUAGUUUUUUCUACCUGCUCGGUUACAACCCUGAAACAAGGAGGCUUGCGAACACAAAAGGCGAAAUACGAGUCGGAGCUAGCCACCAGGCCAUCUUACCCGAAUGUCAAGAAAAAGUUCCAGAUAAGAGCGAUUCCAGCAAGGAAACUUGUCGCGAAAAAUUGACAUGGAGCCCUGUUCUCGAAGACUACGACCUAACCAUCUACCUGUGUGCGGCAAGGAGCAUGGCGCAGUACGCGGGAAUGUGUAAUGGCGGUACGCGCGAAGAUGGUUUUCGCGCAAUGUCUCAGGACGCCACCACAUCUAACGCUCUCAAUGUGCUUCACGAUAGCAAAUACGACGCCGCCACCGCUCUUCAAGUAUUAGUCAAGAAGCCAUACCCCAAAGAGCUCCGCAAGAAAUGGUCGGAAGAUGAUAUUAAAAAGUUUGUUAAAGGUCUUCGACAGUUUGGAAAGAAUUUCUACAAAAUUCACAAAGAACAUCUCCCAUAUAAGUCAACCAGCGAGUUGGUCGAGUACUACUAUAUUUGGAAGAAGUCUCACUCCGCACAGAGUUCCAGGCCUCACCGCAGACGGCGCCAUAAUGUGCUUCGCCGGCGGGCACACACAAGAAACAGUAAAACCGUAUCAAGUGACUGUGGCAAAGACUACGUUGAUUUAACGUCAUGUAGCGAGGAUGACUACGAUAGUGAUGACAGCACGGAAAGGGACUUCAGUUUGUACUGUUGUCGCCAUUGCUACACCAGCAGCUCACGGAGCUGGCACCACGGCGGCCGAAACAAGGUCAUUCUCUGCACGGAGUGUCGAAUUUUCCACAAGAAAUACGGCAAGCUACCUCCCACGGACUCCACUCGCGAUCCACCUCCAUACAUGUUCAAAUCUGUGCUAGAGAAAGACAUACGUGAGGAAGACGCGUAUUGGACCAACGGCAAAGUGGGACUGCGGAGCCGCCGGAAUCUACCAAUGGUGCAAAGCACGCUAAGAUCUGGACGCAACAAGACUUCGAGUCCGGUAGAGUCAGUGAACACGCCUCGGGACUCGCCUGUUAACGGACGAAGACUCCCGAAGAUCGGCAAACCGCCAUCGCCUUCUGAGGGAAGCACGAGCAGUUCGGGUAGCACCGCCAAUAAGGCGAAGGACAAAAAGGGCAAAGGUAAGAAAAACAAGAUCCUGAAGCGUUCACAUGAACCCGCGCCUAUCAGUCCCGCAAACAACAGCAAGCGACGAAAGUCCAACGACUCGGACGACGACAUUCGCGAUGACGUCAGCGAAUCGAGCAGCGCCACCGGGGGUAGGGACAGUACUCUGCGCGAGUUCGACGAACGCAGCGAGUGCAGCAACGCGAGCGUUAACGACGAGGUCAGCAGUAAUAGAUCCAACUCGCCUCUAGUCCUCCCCAUCAUCGACCCCCUCCCGGCCAAGUUCAAACGCGUAGGACCUGGUGAGGAGAACCGGAGCUGUGCGCGCACGGAUGUCGUGUACGAACACCCGGAGAGACCGAAGCCGAAGGAGGGUCCGAGAAGUAGCGAGUCUAGCACUGCUAAUAGCACAGCCACGAGAACGGAGGCCUCGGAAUCCAACUCGGCUGAUCGCCAAUCAUCCCUAUCCGUCCAUCGCCAAUCACCCAAGAACACUCCCGCCGCUAGUGUGACGUCACAUUACGAGGCUGCGGUACGGAACAUGAUGGCCAGCGGAGGUGGCGAGUACCACAUGUACCCAUCGAACAUGCCGUCGCUACUGACGCCCUCUGGUGUGGCUAUCCCAGGGUACCCCUCUCACGAGGCCGUGGACUAUCGCAUGCUCCAGUAUGUUUACCCAGGAUCUGCGCUCGUACCGGAGUCACGGGAUAGCGCCGCGAAAUUCGCGGAGGGAUUCGAACAAUGGUACGCUCCGUACCGCAUGGCGCAAAUGCAGCCGGGAGGACACCACAUUCCGUACCAACUUCUUCACGGGAGAUCUCUGGAGCACGGAGCAAUGGCGGCAAGGAGUAUGGCGUCACAGGCACAGGCGCAUGAGGCUUUGCUGAAGAACGCAGCGGCUAGGGGGAUUCCCAUCGAUCCGGUCACCGGGCUACCGGUGGGCUACCCAAACCACCACUCCCACUCGCACAUGCACACGCACUUCCACAUCCAUCCGCAUGAACAGCAACUCCAGGCCGCUCAAGCCGCGGCUGCUGCUGCCAACAUGGACAGGGCGGCCUACCUGCAGUCGCACCCCGGGCUGGCGGCCUGGAGGAAUCAGCAGCUACUAGCGUGGCAGCAACACCCGGAGCUGAUGCAGCUGCACGGCGGGGCGUUGGUCUCACCCGAGGACCACCCGCACGCCGCGGCAGGGAUUCACGGGCUGGGGUCAACGCCCUUGGACAGACAGCUACAGCAACAGCUGCUGAUGAGUCAGCAGUCUAAGUACUCACACCCCCUACAGCAGCAGCAGCACCUUCACGCCCAGGAGGAGGCGUACCUCCGACACUUGCGGCACCACGAGAUGCAGCUGAAACAACACGAGGCGUCCACUAACGAGGCGUUCAUGUCGACUCUGUUCCGCAAGGAGCACCGUAAUCUGCAGAGCCCGUCUCAGCUUGAUAAUGUUGUGAAAAAGAAUUUAGACAGCACUGGCACUUACACUUCGCCCUCAAAGAAACCUGUCACCAUAGACUUGUCUGAUGAUUAGAUACCUGUCACCAUAGACUUGUCUGAUGAUUAGAUACCUGUCACCAUAGACUUGUCUGAUGAUUAGAUACCUGUCACCAUAGACUUGUCUGAUGAUUAGAUACCUGUCACCAUAGACUUGUCUGAUGAUCAGAUACCUGUCACCAUAGACUUGUCUGAUGAUUAGAUACCUGUCACCAUAGACUUGUCUGAUGAUCAGAUAGAAUGUGAUGAAUGAUGUCUGAUGAAUCCCUGUAGCUGCAUCACUCUACCCAUCACCCCUGCGAUCUUGUGAAGCCUUGAUUCGCUACACUUUAAGAGAUGAAAAGAAACGUAGAUAUUUUCGAGCUAAUAUUGCACACGGGGAAUCAACGAUCAAUCAAUUACGCAACGUUCCUACUACUACUACUACGUUCCUACUACCAAUAUUCUACUUCCUUGCUUUUGAUUAUUCCUCUGUAUGGACAAUAACAUAACGCAAGGAAUCGUGGGUAAAGUUGCCAUCUGCCUUUAAAUUACACUCGUCCGCAGCUCUGAAUUAGCAACCACCACACUGAACGCGUGGUAUCCUUCCUAAGAAACUGCUCACUGGUAGUCUUUGUUUUAGGUGUGCCUACAAGCUUAGUGCUAAAUCUUUGUUCUGCUACCCUUAUGAUUCUUUGUCAUUUCUCUGUAUUUCUCUAUGAAAUAAGCCAGAAUUUAGUUUCUCCUUUUAGAUGAGUUAAAUGGGUCAGAAUAAUAAAGGAUAGGGAAUUAUUAUAAAUGUUCUUUAUACGAAGAAUAUAUUUAGUGUCUAAAACCGAACUUAUGUAUUUAAAGAGGAGAUGUAAUUUAUUUUGUUGGGAAUCGUUAUGGAUAAAAUAUUGGUCUAAAUUUAUCAUUAGAUGAACGCGGUGAAGGGUUAGAUGAUAAAAGCUAGAUUUUUUUUACAGAAUGUUUAUUUGCACCAUUUUCGUAAGAUGAUCACUUUCGAUAACCUUACACAAAAUUCGAGUUUUUUUUCAUAAUCAGCACAAAAGGAGUUAAUAAUUCGUUUCUAUUUUGUUAUCUAAAGCAUAUUAUUUUGCGUUCUUGUAAAUAGCAGAUAUCAAGGGCGUUUGUACUCAAGUCAACUUACAACAUGAACGUCCGAAAAUUGGACUCUAAACACUUGGAAAACUCGCCUUUUUCUGACUCGGGCACGUUUUCGUUUGUCAACAAAAGUUUCUACCAUUUGCAUUAAUAGAAAAAAUGGUUCAAAGUUUUGAUACUCCCUUUUCUCUACUUCGUUUUUAAGAUACAUACAACAUAAUAACUAGAUAUAAUUUAUUCGCACAAUCGACUAUACAGAAUAUAUAUAUAUAUUGUACAUAUCAUUCGAAACUGUGUGAAAUAAAGUCAUGAUUGGUA